AUGGAGGACGAGUUUUGGAGCGUGCCGCUGCCGCCUUCGAGCAUCAGGCUCGUCGAUUCGAUCGAUGGCGAGGCGUUCCAGGGAUUUCUUCUGGCGCUGCAAGAAUCGUCAGUGAUCGCGCUGGAUGCUGAGUGGAAGCCUGUCUCGGUAGCUGGUACGCACCCCAGGGUUUCGCUGCUCCAGAUUGCGUGCCGGAAGCGAGAUUUCGGCCCCGAGAGUGAUCUUGUGUUCAUCGUCGAUGUGUUGUCGAUCCCGGCUUCUGCAUUGCUUCAGCCACUGGAAGAGGCAUUGGAAACGUCUAGAAUUCUAAAGCUGGGAUUCAAGCUUCGACAAGAUUUAAUCAAUCUCGCUGCAUCGCUUUCGUCCACUGCGAGCUUCUCCUGUGAGAGUUUGCAAUGUAGUGACUGGGAGCUGAGGCCACUGACUGAAGAACAAAUAUCUUAUGCUGCCGCUGAUGCGCAUUGUCUUCUAGCAAUUCUGGACGCUCUUCAUCCCUAUAUAAUCGACAUGCAACGAUCAAAAGCAGUUGCCUCGGUCGGAAUUGCUCGUCUACUCUAUCCUGAUGAAGAGUUAAGCCCUCUUGUAACGAGGUUUAGGAGCAUGAGCGAGAAGGCAGAUAGGACUGGAAAGUUUCUCGCGUAUCUAUUAACUUUUCAGCAGACGCUGUCACUGCAAGCCGACCCAAAAAAGAAAAUCAGAACUCGGAGGGUACGGGACACAAACAGAUCUCAGGGGCAGACCGAGUUCGAGUGGUGUGGACCUCCGCCAUGGGAUCCUGUUGUGGGAGGUGAUGGUUGCCCAAAGUUUCUGUGUGAUAUUAUGAUUAUUGAGACGUUCCAUCUUACAGUCUCCGAAGAGCAUUUACUCUCGAGGUGCACGAGGUGCAACGGAGAGCUCUGUCCCAAACCAUUGACCGCACAGCAAGCAAAGGCUGCUGCUCCCAACCAAAAAAUUUCGGAAGAUGUAUUACUGCAGGACGGUUUACUAUUCUGGCAAUGCUCCGAGUGCAGGCAUCUUUACUGGCAGAUGAGCAAUACAGGAUGGCACGAGAGAGACGGGUUGUUUCUUGAGGGCGAUUUUUACUUCAUGCUUCGGCCUCAAGAUUGGUGA